AUGUCAUUUCCACCACAUAUUCCAAUGAUGACUCCUAUGCCAUUUUUUCCUCCCGUUACUCCUAUGAUGAUACCACCUAAUAUGACUACACCACCACCUGGAAUACCGACAUCAACGAAUGGAACUCACAAAACAGGAGAAAAUGAAAAGAAAAAUCGUGUCCAAGCACCUACAACUGUAUUUGUUGGUAGUAUAUCAGAAAGAGCACCUGAUGUUAUGAUCAAACGAAUGCUUCAACAUUGUGGUAGUGUUCUCAAUUGGAAACGAGUUCAAGGUGCCAAUGGAAAACUUCAAGCAUUUGGAUUUUGUGAAUAUGAAAAUCCUGAAGGUACACUUCGUUGUAUUCGUUUACUUAAUGGUUGGCAAAUUCAAGACAAAAAAUUAGUUGUCAAAGUCGAUGCUAAAACAAAAGCAUUACUUGAUGAAUAUAAAAAAAAGAAACGACAUGAAUUAGCAAAAAAAGCUGCUAAUGAUACAACAGCUUUCAAAUUCAUUUAUGAAGAUGAUGAUGAAAAUGAUAAAAAAAAACCGAACAGUACGGAUACAGAUGGAAAGAAAAAGUCCGGUGAAGAAGGUGAAAUUGAAGAAGAAGAAGAUGAUUAUAUUGAUGAAGAAACACGUCGUGAAGAUUUUACAAUAAAACAAUCUAUUGAAACAGUUAUGCGUGAAUAUGCACGUGAAAUGAAUCAACGAGCAUUAGAAGCAAAAGAAAUGGCAGCUCGUGAAACUCAAACAACAACAAUACCACAACAACCGAAUUCAUCCAUACCUCCAAUACCAAUACCUUCAAAUUCAACAGUUAAUCCUAUACCAGAUACAUCAUCAUCUAAUUCAACUAGUUCAGCAACACGACGUAAUGAUCCAGCCGCUUUACUUGAUGAUGAAGAAGGAAAACGAAAUUUAAUUUCAAAUGAAAUACAAAUGUUUCGUGAUCGUUUUAAAGAUGAAGAUACAAAAAUGCGUAAUACUGAAAAAGAACGUAAAGAUCGCUAUGAACGUGAACGUGCAUUACAACGUGAAAAACGUGCAGCAGCAGAAGAAGCAGUCAGUGGAAAUAAUAAAUCAUCUACAAAAUCACCAUCUUCACGUAAUACAUCACCACCACCACCACCACCACUACUAUCAUCAUCAUCUCGUGAUCGUUCAUCGCCAAGACGUGAACAUAGUAGUAGUACAAGUCGACGUGAUCGUUCACCACCUAAUGAUGAUCGUUAUCGUAGUUCAUCAUCAAGAAAUAAUACAAGUAAUUCAGUACGUAGUCGUACAAAUGAUCGACGUAGUCCACCACCAUUACGUUAUGAUCGUCGGUCACCUAUUCCACCAUUACGAUCAUAUAAUCGUCGUUCACGAACAAAAUCACCUAUAGCAAAAAAUCGUCCCAGUAUUGAAGAAGAUGAUGAAACUUAUGAAAGAAAAAGACAAGAAAGAAGAUUACGUGAAAAAGAACUUCGUUAUCGAGAACGAUUGAAAGCAUGGGAACAACGUGAACGAAAAAAAGAAAUUGAUUAUGAAUCAGAAAAACAACGUGAAUUAGCUCGUUUACGUGAUGAAGAAAAAGAAGGAAAACGUUUAUUAGCAUUUCUUGAAGAUUACAAUGAUGAAACAGAUGAUCCCAAUUAUUACAAAGGUACAGCAUUAGCUCGUCGUUUAAAAGAUCGUGAACAUGAAAUUGAAAUUGAUAAUCGUGAUCGACAUCGUGAAAAAGAUGAAAUAGAAGAAUUACGUCAAAAAUUAUUACUUCAAGAUAAUAUUGAUGAUAUUGAAUUGGAAAUAAAACGACGUUUAGAAAAAGAAGAAGAAAAUAUACGUAAACGUUUAGCUGAUCUUAUACGAACAACAACUGAUGAAUCAAGUGAAGAAUCAGAUAACGAAGAAGAAACAGCGAAAAAAUCUUUAUCAAAAAAUCGAAAAGAUAAUAUUGAUAUAUCAAAUAAUUUAUCAACUGAUUUACCUAAUUCUAGUCAUUCAUCACGAACAACAAUUAAAGUUGAAUCUCCACAAAAUGAUGUAAAACUUAGUCCUCGUUAUACAUCUGCACUUGGUGGUGCACCUAUUACAGGUACAAAAUUACCGUCAAAACGAAAAUUAGCUGUAAAUGAAGUUUUCCGUGAUGAUCAAGAUGAUGAUAGUACAAAUUCAUUACACAAAAAAUCAAAACUUUCUGCAAUACUCGAUCAACAAACAACAGUUGCUCAAAUUCCAAUAGCACAAAAUUCACCUAAACAUUCUGUUCCACAAAUAAAAGAUGAACCAACAAAUCGAAUAUCAUCAUCGACAACAAAACGUACUCCACCAAUAUCUAAUGUUAAUACUAGUUCAGCUCAAUCCCAAGAAGAAAAACGACAAGCUGUACGUAAAUUAAUUGAAAGUAUUCCAACGAAAAAAGAAGAUUUAUUUACAUAUGCACUUGAUUGGUCCCUACUUGAUGCCAAUCUAAUGGAAAAACGUAUUAAACCAUGGGUAACAAAAAAAAUCGUUGAAUAUAUUGGUGAAGAAGAACCAACAUUAACAGAUUUUAUAUGUUCAUCAGUUAUGUCAAAGAAAAAUGCAGAUUCUAUAUUAGCUGAUAUACGUGUUGUACUUGAUGAUGAAGCUGAAGUAUUUGUAGUUAAAAUGUGGCGUUUACUUGUUUAUGAAAUUGAAGCUAAACGGCAUGGUCUGAGCAAAUAA